AUUUAUCACUUUUACUUCAGUACAAGAUGCAUGCACAGAAGAAAAUACACACUAUAUGUUUACAUUAUUUACUGGCAAGCUUACUUGUUUACUUGAUAUAAAUCAGUGCACGGCCUUUGGAAUUACGAGAUCGACGUCACACCAUCAGCCAAUCAGCGCGCGGUAGCAUGUUUCACCUGUCGUCGAAAACAGGUACCAAACCUCAUAACAACAUUCCUGCAUACGCGAGCCUCUUGGCGUUUACAACAUUAUGAUCGCUUCGUUCGCUUUUGUCUAGAAACUGUCAUUGUAUUUUCAUUAUUUAAUCAAUAUUUGUUGUUUUGUCUUACACUGAAGGAUUUUUAUACUCUUUAAACUUUUUCGGGACAGACGGACGGCAGGACUUGGCUACACAGUACUUAAUUGUUUUCCUGUACAUAAGACUUUGAACAUUUUGGAUCGAAACACAAACUGAAAAGAGAAAACUGACUGAAAAGGGGCAAACUAAAUUCUGGAAAUCAUUUCGUCAAGAAGAAUAGAAGAGAAACAAGAAAGACAAAAGUCGAAGGAAACAUAAUUUCUUUAACAUCUCUUUCAUCAUGGAUAUUUUUGAAUAAUGUGUCAAAAUUGACGGACUGUCUUCACGUUGGGAAUAUUGAGUGAGAAUGAAGAUGCGGAUGCUCGCGCUGUGUCUCGCGCUCUCUGCGCUUCGCUCGUGUGCGCAUGCUCAGACGCAGGAGGGUAAACAUGAAGUGACGGUGUGUACAGGCACUCAGAACAAGUUAAGUGUGACGGGAAGUUAUGAUGUUCAGUAUAAGCUCAUGAAGGAUAUGUACACGGGUUGCCAGAUUGUCUUAGGAAACCUGGAAAUCACACAGAUGGAACACAAUCGCGAUUUCUCCUUCCUGAAGUCUAUCCGUGAGGUAACGGGCUACGUCCUCAUCGGCAUCAACCAGUUCAGACGUUUACCUCUGGAACAGCUUCGAGUCAUCCGAGGAACGACCCUAUAUGAGAAGAAAUUCGCCCUGGCCAUUCUUGUCAACUAUCAGAGAGACGGCGUGUACGGACUGACGGAGCUGGGCCUCACACACCUGACAGAGAUCCUUGAAGGUGGAGUUCAGAUCAUCCAGAAUAAAUUCUUGAGCUAUGCGCCACAAAUUAAUUGGGUGGAUAUUGUGAGGGACACCACUGCAGAAAUUAUCAUUGAGGACAACGGACCAGAACUUCCUUGUCACGAGUCUUGUGGUGGUCGAUGUUGGGGUCCAGGAAAGGACAGUUGUCAAAUCUUGACUAAAACGGUGUGUGCACCGCAGUGCAACGGUCGCUGUUUUGGACGCAGUCCCGCCGAGUGCUGUCACAGUGAGUGCGCUGGAGGCUGCACCGGACCUCUCGACACGCACUGUUUUGCCUGCAGACACUUCAACAACUCGGGCUCAUGCGUGCCGCAAUGUCCACAGGCUAUGAUCUACAACAAAGUGGCAUAUAAAAUGGAACCCAACCCUAAUGUGAAAUACCAGUACGGCUCAAUCUGUGUGUCCCAGUGUCCAACUAACUUUUUGUUAGAUGGCAGUUCAUGCGUUAGCAGCUGUCCGGCACAGAAGAUGGAGGUGGACAAAAAAGUAGGGGGGAAAAGAUGCGAGCCGUGCGUGGGUGUCUGUCCGAAAGUAUGUGUUGGCACUGGUCCGGACUUCAGACAGACCGUAGACUCGUCGAAUAUUAACAGCUUUAUAAACUGCACUAAGAUUCAAGGCAGCCUGCAUUUCCUGGUAACAGGAAUUAAAGGAGACGAAUACAAUAAUAUCAGUGCUCUCGAUCCGAAGAAACUGAAAAUCUUCAAUACAGUCAAAGAAAUAACAGACAUUUUGAGUAUUCAGUCUUGGCCUGAAGAGAUGGAAGAUCUUUCUGUUUUUUCAAACCUGGCAACCAUACAGGGAAGAACACUGUACAGAGGACAGAGUACAAAGAGGGGUUACUCCCUUUUAGUGAUGAAAAUUCCUACCCUGAAGUCACUGGGUCUUCGCUCUCUCAAGCGGAUUGGUGACGGUGGCAUCUACAUCACAGGAAACACUAAGCUCUGUUAUCAUCACACAGUUAACUGGACACGUCUGUUCGGUACUGGCCCUCGGGCCCAGCGCCGCCAGAAGACCCUUGACAUUAAAGAAAACCACCCGCAAAAGGAAUGCAUCGCAGAGGGAAAUGUGUGUGAUCCCCUUUGUUCAUCUGAGGGCUGCUGGGGUCCUGGACCCAAUCAGUGUCUGUCUUGCAAGAACUACAGCAGAGAAGGAACAUGCGUACCACAAUGCAACUUCAUGACAGGUGAUACACGCGAGUUUGCCAAACCGAAUGGAGAGUGCAUGCCGUGUCACAAAGAGUGUGCCAUGCAGGAAAACAAACAAACCUGCUCAGGACCGGGUGAUCACGAAUGUAAGGCAUGCAAGAAUUUUCAGGAUGGGCCCUACUGUGUGCUUGAGUGUCCACAGGGGUUUCAGGUUGGAAACGGACUCAUCAUUUAUAAGUUUCCCAAUUCCCAGCGCAAAUGCCAACCGUGCCAUCCCAACUGCACGCAGGGAUGUACAGGUCCAAAUCUGAACGAUUGUGUGAAUACCUCCAGGACACUUGCUGGGUUGCCGGUGACAGCAAUAGUGCUAAGUGUUAUAUUCGGAGUGAUUGUUGCAUUCUCAGUGUUUGUGCUCAGCGUUCUGUAUCGGAGGAGUCUUGCCAUUCGCCGUAAACGUGCCAUGAGGAGAUAUCUGCAGAGUGGAGAGAGUUUCGAACCACUGGAUCCCGGAGAAAAGGGUGUGAAAGUUCAUGCUCGUCUUCUGAGAGUGUCUGAACUACGAAAGGGCAAACUUCUCGGCUCUGGAGUGUUUGGCACAGUGCAUAAGGGAGUGUGGAUACCGGAGGGAGAAACUGUGAAGAUCCCCGUGGCCAUCAAGACAAUUCAAGACCGUACGGGUCGACAAAGCUUCAAUGAAGUUACAGAUCAUAUGUUGGCUAUGGGAAGUCUGGACCACUCGUAUAUAGUUCGACUUUUGGGCAUCUGUACCGGGACAAACCUACAGCUGGUCACUCAGCUCAGCCCACAGGGGUCUUUGCUGGAAUACAUCCGAAAGCGCAAAGAGAGUCUGAACCCUCAGAGACUGCUCAACUGGUGUGUGCAGAUUGCCAAGGGUAUGUACUAUCUAGAGGAGCAAAGGAUGGUCCAUAGGAAUCUGGCUGCCAGGAACAUUCUGCUAAAGAGUGACUUUAUAGUUCAAAUAGCUGAUUAUGGGAUUGCUGACCUCCUCUACCCAGACGACAAGAAAUACUUCUUUAAUGAAAUCAAGACGCCAAUUAAGUGGAUGGCCCUCGAAAGCAUUUUGUUUCGAAGAUACACGCACCAGAGUGAUGUAUGGAGCUAUGGUGUGACAGUUUGGGAAAUGAUGUCAUACGGGGCGGAGCCUUAUUCGACUAUGAGGCCGCAGGAAAUACCUGAUCUGUUAGAAAAAGGGGAACGCCUCUGUCAACCUCAAAUCUGCACCAUAGAUGUCUACAUGGUUAUGGUCAAAUGUUGGAUGAUUGAUGAAAAUGUCCGGCCGACUUUCAAGGAGCUUGCCAACGAAUUCACACGAAUGGCCAGAGACCCUUCCCGGUAUCUUGUCAUUAAAGAGGAACACAGAACUACUGAAUCCACCCCAGAUGAGUCACAUCAGAGGGGGACAGAGAUGGACAUAUUAGGGGCGGAUCAUGAAGAUGAAGUAUUGCAAGAUGCAAUUGACACUCCACCUUACAUAACGCCAGCUAGAAGUUUAUCUAGAUUGCGGAUAGAUUCUCAUCGGGCAAGUUUGACUCCAUCCAAUAUGGCUGGAUAUCUGCCCAUGACCCCUGGACUGGAAAACUCUUUGCAGAUGGCAUGUGUAUCCCGUUCCCGUCUCGACUCUGCGUGCACCAUGAGCUCUGAGGAUCACAGCACUGCAGUUGAACUGGAGAAGAAUGACGAUUUCUCGUCGGUCGGCAGCAUGAGGAGGGUCACGCAUCGCGAGGACAGCGCUUACAUGUCACAGCGAGACAGCCUAUCAGGGCCACCAGACACGCCCUUUCCAGGGACUCAAGGAGAAGAGGACCAAAAUGGAUAUGUGUUGCCUGGAUUUGGUGACAGUCCAGAGAAAGAAGCACUUCUGUUUAUGCCCUCGCGUGUGAUGCAUUCUCAAAAGAGAAUGUCGAGAGGUAAUUCCGGUGAUUUUUUAGAAGCCCACAAUGGAUUGAAUGAAGAAUACGAGUACAUGAACAACCAGACCCUCUCUCUCGGGCAUAUACCAGGGCAGCUUAAAGAUUACAAUCAGCGACCGUCACGAAUCCGCAGUUCAUCCUUCAACCCUGCAGGAUCUUACAACACUCACAAAUCUCCAGGCUUCAACAGACCCAGCAAGAGAUCGUCGAUCGAGGGCUCUGUGAGCAGCGGAGGUUUCUCCCUGUCCUCAACCGAACAAAGGAGCCACAGUGACGGCGAUUUCCUCUCCAGUGAAGCAGAGUACACGGACGCCGAUUUGGAUCCCCAGGAGGUUCAAUACGAGUACAUGGAUAUCCGUGGUAGUGGAGGACCGGCGACUAAGUCCCGACUCAAACUCCAACUCCCGAGACCCGUUUCCCAUCCUCCUCGCAGGAAGUUGCCGCAAGACGAUGAAGACGAGUAUGUGGAGGAAGACUAUCAGUAUACUAACAGGCAGCCACGGCUGAGGAAUUCUUUAAGGGUGCUGGGAUUAAAGGAGGGUGAGGGCGAAUCAAACGAAUAUGAGGAAAUGGACUCGUUGGCUGCAGGUGGAGCCUCUGCAGUUGAAUAUCAGAACUUAGACGAAGACAGCGAAGAUGGAGAAGUGGGGUCCGGGGGACCUCGGAGCCCAGGGCCGUACGUCAAAAUGCACGCGGGGAUGGACCAUAACUCUUUCGAUAAUCCUGACUACUGGCACAGCAGGUCGUUUCAGAAAACAAAUGCUGUUCGCACGUAGGAACGGAGAAUGGGUUGAAGGAAAUGUGAGAAGUUGAAAUGUUUUUCGAACAAAUAUAGACUGAACUUUCUUCAGCGAAGAAAAAUAUUCAACAAUGCACUGGAAAUCCAGGAAAGUUGAUCAAAAUAAAUGCAUUUUUUUAAAAUGUAAAACGUGGCAUUAAGUGGUUUAGUUCCAUUCCAGUAACACCUCAUGAAGGUCAUGAAGCAUGCAAGGUCGACCAGUUUGGAUUACUUUUUGACACGGUGGAGGUACCAGAAUAACCAGAUUUAUAAGCGACACAUGUUAAGCACUGAUAUUGACAUCUAUAUGCAUAUGUUUUGUGUAGUUGAAAUGUUCUCUUGUAAAUGCCAUUGUUAAGUUCAAAAGAAGCCAAAUGUUUGUGCAUUUGUAUGUUGUAAAUUAAGUGUUGUUUUCUGUUGUCUUACUGCGCAUUCACACGGAAGGCUUGUCUGAAGCGUGGCCAACAGCCAAUCACAGUGGCCGCUACACAUGCUCCGUUCUUCCAUAAACGUAAUUGGCUGGCUUUGUCUAGGUAAUUUGCAUAAGGCGAUCUGAUUGGAUGACGCACGCGUUGCCGCUUGAAAAGUUGAGAAAUGUUCAACUUUUGCCGCGAGCAACGGGACUGACGCGGCGCCGACGGAUCCACAAUUCAGUUCGGCAACGCAUGACGUCACCCAUUAAAAGUGAAUGGGAAGCGUUAACGCUGACGCCCCGUGUGAAUGCGCCGUUACUGUAGUGUUCUCAUGCAGUGCCAAAUUCAGUCAAUGGCUGUUGCUGCCAUACCACCAUACAUCUAUUCAGAUUGAACUCAUGUUUUUUUCUAACUUUAGUGUAAUUUUAUGAAUGGGAUAUCUGAGACUAUUCAGUCUGGCCAGUUUAUUAGAUAUGGACAGUUAUAAAGCAGAUUGAUUGAAUUUAUGGUACGUUUUACCAUUUUUGUGUAUUUGCAAGCCUUGUGAACAAAUAAUAAUGAAGUACCUGUAUUGUGUUUCAAAUGAAAUGGCCAGUAAACAAGCUUUACAACAACAUAUCAACUCAAGUAUUUACUUAAUUACAUGUUUUGAUACAUUGUAUGAUAUAUGCUGUCAUAACGAACUUUUACAAUUUUUGUAGGAUUUACUAUACAGAUUUUACCAUUUUAAUAAAAUGUUUAUGAAUAAACUUUGACUUUUUGAAACUUCAAAAA